CACUCGAGUCAGUUCAGUAUCGAGGCUCGCGUCGAUCGCAACGGACUGAACUUUUAUUCUCCGCGACUUCUCUCUUUCAUUCUCUUCUCUAUUAUUUUUUUUUUUUUUAUCAACGUUCAAAGAUCAUCCGUAUUAAGUAUCAUUGCAGGACACGCAAGACCACGGUAUUUUGUGCGGUGUGCUGCCGAUAGAAAACGCGACGACGACAGUCAAGAGAAAAAAUAAGAAAGAGAGAAAGAGAGAGAGAAAGGAAGAGGGAGAAGGAAAAGAACAAUAGUUAAAAAAAAAACAAAGGAAAACUAAGUAACUCGAUUAUAUAGACAACGAAGAAAACAAUUUAAAUCGUUACGAGACAGAAGCUUCAAAUGAAAAAUAAAGAAAAAAGAAGAUCGAUCCUAACCUAAUAUUCGGUUUCUCUAUAUCUUUCUCUUUACUUAUCCGUAUAUGCAUAACUUUUAAAAGCAGAAAGUAAUAAGUACGUCAUCGUCGAUUUAUCCCUCUCGAUUUUUUUAAGGAAAAAAAAAGAAAAGAAAAAAAAAAUAAUAAAAACUAAAAAAAAUCGCGCAAAAAUUUGAAAAUCCUUAAAAUCGUAUGUAUCGUGAAAUCUGAUUGGUGGAAACUUCGAAAACGAAUCUUAUAGGACCAAUACGUUUAUCGCGAGAUUUUUCAUUUAUUUUCCAAGAUAUAACGAAAGAGAGAGAAAGAGAGAGAGAGAGAAAGAGAGAGAGAGAGAGAGAGAGAGAGAGAGAAAUAAAAAGAGAGAAGGAAGAAGGAAUUAAAGAAAAAGGACAACGCGAUCGAGAGAAAGAGAAAGAGAAAGAGAGAGCAAAAUGCUCGAUUAUAGUGGAUAAUAUAUCGUUCAAAGAACCCUCAACGAUGGGCGAUUUCCAAAAUUGGCGACACUUGAUGACGUGACGAAGCAAUCCAAAAGCGGAAGUCGUCGAACCGGUGUCUUCGUAUCGGCGAUCGAAGAGAGAGAGGGAGAGAGAGAAAGAGGAAUAAGAAAAGGAAGAGAAGAGGAAAAAGAAGAAGAAGAAGAAGAAGAAGAAGAAGAAGAAGCGAGAAGGGAAGAAAGGAAGAAAACAGGAUCAUUGGGAUGUCGACGUACGCGAGGUGGACCUUAAGGUCGUCGAGGACGAGAAACGAAAGUUCGAUAGGUCGACACCGACCAAUUUCAAAAGUCCUUCAUUUUUCGCGCGCUUUGCAUCAUUGACGAUCAAUCCGAUCGUUCGUUCGAUCGACCGGAGGUUUAGACGAAUUUUUUUAUUUUUAUUUCUUUUUCUCUCUUUCUCUCUCUCUCUCUCUCUCCCUCCCUCCCUCUCUCCCUCUUCCUCCUUCUCUUCCACCUCCAUUCUUCUCUUUGUAUUUUAUUUUAUUCCUUCUUUCUUUUUCGUUUCUUUCGUUUAACCUAUCUAUUCUUCCCUUUUUCGCGUUAUCUCGCGAGUGAACUCUAUCGAUCGUUCUCGAGUGAAUCUUUUUCACAUUUUCUCGUUCGACAUCCUGCCAGAGACAUCCUGGAAUCCUCAUCGAUAUAUCUCAUCUAUUACGAAGUUUCGGUGGUAACGGAGCAGCAGCCAUGGACUGGCGGGGGAUCGUGCUGACAUAUCUGUUGAUUACUAUAACGAGGCACGGUACUAUACGAGCAGCCCAAAUAUCCCAACAACUACCGACAUCAACUGCAACGAUAGCGAGCACGGUGCAAAUCGAGUGUGCGAGCGAAUCGAUAAUCGUACAUAUUUCGACCGAGGGUAAAACCGAUUUCCACGGUUUGGUUUAUCCAAGGGGUUUGUCGAAAAAUAGUUCCUGCCUGCAGGAAUACAGAAGUCAACCCUCACCGAUAACAUACAAUCUGCCUUUGAGAUCCUGCAACACGAUGCCUACCGAAUUGGACGACGGUGGUGUCGAAUAUUUCAAUACUAUAGUAGUGCAACCGCAUCUGAAGUUGGUCACGAAUCAAGGCAGGGGUUUUCACGUGAGAUGUCGAUACCAGACACGAGACAAAGUUGUAACGAACGAUCAGACCCAUGUGGCAAUGUUACAAUCUCUACCACUCCAGGCAACCGCUCCGAUGCCUGGAUGCACGAUGAAGAUCUUCAGCGGAGAUCCAACGAGGCAUCAAGUGGCAGAGAACGUGAAGAUCGGUGAUCCAUUGACUUUGGUCAUCAGUAUCGACAAACAAGAGAUGUUUGGUUUGAAGAUCUCCGAUUGUUUGGUCCGAGAUGGUCUGGGUUGGGGAGAACAGAGGCUGAUCAAUAACGAAGGAUGUCCCGUAGAUGGGGAGAUCAUGGGACAAUUCAUCUAUAACGAAGAUAAAACAGAGGCGAAAGUCAACUUCCAAGCACAUAAAUUCCCAUAUACUGCGAGCGUUUAUUAUCAGUGUAACGUGAGGCUCUGCGUUAAACAUGGCGGAGGAUGCAGUAAUACGCCACCUUUAUGUAACGCUAUAACGAGAAGACGCAGAGACACGAAUAACGGUGGUGACAAUGCGAAAAAUGUCGAAAGUCUCGAUGGCGGUACACCUGCUACCAUCGAAGUUUAUAGCGGGCUUUACGUUAACGAAGCUUCGGACGUUAGCUCGAAGUCCGAUUUUACCGAUGACGUCUUCAGGGAGAGGACGAUCGACGAUCCCAACAGUAUCUGCAUAUCGCAGAGAAGCUUCGCCAUCGGCAUAGCAAUCGCAGGCUUGAUACUCAUGCUGGUAGUGAUCGCCGCCAUUUUGGUACUACUAGCUAAGAGACGACACAAGAGCAUUUCGACUACGGGCUCUUCGAUUUACAGUGGACCCUAUACGAACACUGCCUAUAGUCAUAGCAGUUAAAAAUAAAAAGAGAAAACCGUUCUCGGUUAGUAUGAAGAAAAUAAGAAAGAAAAAGAGAGAGAGAGAGAGAGAGAGAGAGAGAGAAACGCAAAAAAUAAA